UUGAAAAAAGAUCUAAAUUUUAGAAUGCAAAAAUAUUUCUCCAGAUAGAGAGAGAAAGUGAAAGAGAGAGACAGAAAUUUAAUAGUGUGUGACUACCACUACUACCAGUCUACCACCACUAGCUCAAGCUACGUCUCUUUCAUCAUCCAUUUUUCUGGAAAAUCUAUGCUUAACUUCUUCAAUUUUCUCUCUCCUCUCUAUCCUUUUCUCUCUCAUCUUCAACCUCUCUUCAUCAUCUUCAUCUUCUUCAUCAUCUUAACUUUACUCUGAAUCUACUUGUUUUUUGUUUUUUAUGAGUAAGUUCAGAAGUUGUGGUUAUGAGCUUUAGUACAAAUUCGUCCCAAAUAUUCAAGAGGUAACUAGACGGAGUGGAGAUAAUUCUAGCGAAUUCAUUCCAAUUCGAUUUCUCUGUUUCAAUUGAAAAAAUUUCUAGGGUUUUGAUUUCAAAUCUUACUUUUUAGGUAAUUUGAUUGAUUUGUUGUUGUUGUUGUUGUAACUUCGAUUCUAUAUGUUGAAUAAUCGAAGAAGUAUGUCAGAUGAAAUAUUGGAAUGCAUCUUACCGUAUAUUCAGGAUCCUCGUGAUCGUGCUUCAAUUUCAUCAGUUUGUAGGCAAUGGUUUGAGUUAGAUCGAUUGACGAGACGUCAUGUAACAAUUGCUCUUUGUUAUACAACUACACCUCAACGACUCCAUGAUCGAUUUCCGAACAUUGAGUCGUUGAAGCUCAAGGGAAAACCAAGAGCUGCUAUGUUUAAUUUGAUACCAGAAGAUUGGGGAGGUUAUGUUAGACCUUGGAUUGAUAUAUUGGCGAGUUUUCCUCGGCUUAAAUCGCUUCAUUUUAGACGAAUGAUUGUUACAGAUGCAGAUCUUGAGAUGAUUGCGUCUAUUAAAGGUCAGAUGUUGCAAUCAUUGAAGCUCGAUAAGUGUUCUAACUUCUCUACAGAUGGUCUUUUGCACAUUACUCGGUCUUGUUGGAAUCUGAGAACUCUAUUUCUUGAAGACAGUACUGUCGCUGAAUUAAAUAGUGAAUGGCUUCAUCAGCUGGCGCUACACAACAAGGUUCUUGAAACUUUGAACUUCUAUGUGACUUUUAUGGAGAAAAUCAAAGUUGAAGAUCUUGAACUACUUGCCAGAAAUUGUCCUUUAGUUUCUGCAAAAAUUGGCGAAACAGAUCUCUCCCAUCUUGGAAACUUCUUUCGUACAGCGACAAGAUUGCAAGAGUUCUCUGGUGGUUCUUUCAAUGAAGAUUUAAGUCACUACAGUAACAUUGUAUUCCCUGCGCAGAUGACCUCAUUGGGUCCCAUGUUCUUGGUAGAAACUCAUGUGCCUGUACUUUAUCCUGUUUCGAAGUUGUUGCGGAAGUUGGAUCUUGUUUACGCAUCACUUAAUUGUGAGGGACAUUGUGAUCUUAUACGUAGAUGUCAAAGUUUAGAAGUUCUGGAGACAACAAAUGCUAUUGGUGAUGAGGGUUUGGAGGUUGUAUCUUUGACGUGCAAGAGACUGAAGAGACUUCGUAUUGAACGAGGGAUAGAAGAACAAGGCAACGCCGAUUCAGGCGUGGUUACACAAACGGGAUUAAUUGCUGUGGCACAGGGAUGCCCCGACUUAGAAUAUCUAGCAGUUUAUGUGACCGAUAUAACAAAUGAAGCCCUGGAAUGUGUCGGCACAAACUUAAAGUUUCUGAAGGAUUUCCGUCUUGUAUUGCUUGACAGAGAAGAGAUAAUUACUGAUCUUCCACUUGAUAAUGGAGUGCGAGCUCUUCUACGUGGUUGUCAUAACAUGCAACGGUUUGCCUUAUACCUCCGACAGGGUGGUUUGACAGACAUUGGUCUCAGUUAUAUUGGACAGUUUGGUCGAAAUGUAAGGUGGAUGCUUUUAGGUUUUGCUGGAGAAACUGAUGCCGGCCUUUUGGAAUUCUCUAGGGGCUGCCCUAGCCUUGAGAAACUUGAAAUGCGGGCUUGUUGCUUUACAGAACGUGCACUGGCAACUGCUGCAACACAACUAACUUCUUUGAGGUACAUGUGGGUGCAAGGUUACCGAGCAUCACAAAUUGGCAUCGUUGAUAUCCUAGCAAUGGCUCGACCAUAUUGGAAUAUUGAGCUGAUUCCAGGAGACCAAUAUGAUCAAAAUAGUGAAAAUGAUGGCGAGCCUGCUAGGGUUGACCAUCCGUCUCACAUUGUUGCUUAUUACUCCCUUGCCGGGCAGAGAACAGACCAUCCAGAGACAGUUUACCCUUUGGCACUGCCGGAUCUCUAGAGCUUGUAUAUAUUUCCACCUCUUCUUUACGAUCGGGAUCUUCUUCUCUUACACACACUCUGUUCCACCUCUUGUCCAUACAGUUUUGAUAUUCUUUAUUUGGAGAUUGGAAGACAGGUUUUGGUUGUUCAGACCUUUCGUUUUUUUUCAAUUACAUUUUUCGGACAAUAAGGUUGUUUCUGAGCUUUGUAUUCUUGUUGGUUGGCUUCUUGUAGUUUCUAGGUCUCGUAUACACUUUGUCUUGCAUCCCCUGGUUUGGCAUGUUGCCUUGGACCUUGGUCGAGCAAAUAAUGUUGAAGUUGCCUCUUGUAUGCCAGAUGAUCAUAAAAGUGCCAUUGAGAUGUUGCAGCUUCUUCAUGUA